AUGAUACCAAAAACAUCUCGUAGACAUGAUCUGAACCUCACUAACUUGGAUGUUGGAUUCUUGUUUAAUGAGAUCGAUUCGUGGAAGCAUUUGGAUGAUUUCAAGUACCCGAGGAUAGAUACGUUCACUAAACAAAAUUUUGGAGCCAUAAAGGCUUUGAUUGAGUACUGCAACAUAAACAUGACUGUUAUACCAGCAGAUACUUGGGGUUAUUACAAUGAGACCACGAAAACUUGGGACGGUUUAGUUGAGAUGAUUCAACACAAAAAAAUACAGUUGUCCGGCACCUCACCUUACUUCACCGCACCGCGUUUCGAAGUUGUGGAUUUCAUCAAAAUGCAGAAUCCCUUUACCGUGCAAUUCGUGAUGAAAAAACCACCGAUUUCUUUAGUUUACAAUAUCUUCACGUUGCCGUUCAAUGCGAACGUUUGGAUGUGCUUAGGCAUCACCGUAAUGAUUUUCAUUGUUGCAAUCUACGUAGCUUACAACUGGGAAUCGAAAACUAAUAAACGAUUUUCACAGAAAGGUAGAUUCUCUUUGUCUGAUGUGAUGCUGGUAACCACUGAAGUUAUGUGUCAGCAAGGGACUUUGGUUGAGCCCGAAUCCACGCCGAGUCGCAUCUUGGUCCUCUUCUUCUUCAUAGCCUUCAUGUUCAUAUACUCUUCCUACUCUGCUUACAUCAUUGUAGUCCUUCAGUCCACCUACAACAUUAACACGUACAAAGCUCUUCUCGACACGAAUAUAAGGAUUGGUGCUAUGGACACCAUUUACAUGAGACACUACGUGGAAAAAUCGAAGUUAAAGAUUCAAGCUGAACUGUAUGAAAGGAAGAUAGGCCCAAAAGGUUAUUAUACUUUGGAUGAUGGAAUGAGGAAGAUGCGGAACGAAUUCUUCGCGUUCCAUUGCGAGAUUGCCGCUGCUUUCGAUUAUAUCUCUGCGAACUUCGACGAACACGAAACCUGUCGCAUACAAAUCAUGCCCGGUUACACCGAACACAUGCGUGGAUACACCAUGGUUCCCAAAAACUCUCCCUACAAGAAAAUCUUCAAACUUGUUGAGGAUCGACGAAUACGGAAUUCAAAGAAGAAACUUCUUUCGAUACGUCCGCACGCCGAAAUGUUACAGUCGCGGCGGAGGUUUCCAGAGCAUCGGUCUCCUGGAAACCUCCAACGCAUUCGUGAUGCUGAUCAUCGGAUGCUGCAUCUCGAUGGUCCUCUGGUUCGUAGAAGUCUUUCAGCACAGAAGGGCGAAUCGCGUCGCACCGAAAACAUCGAAAAAACCGAAGAGCCUGAAAGCCGAGAAAAGAAAUCCACGCAUUUCAGUAUGUGCAGAAAUUAUAUAACACCUGAUUAG